UUCAACUUUUUUAGGGAGGCAGGUGGGAGAUGCUUGAUAAGCUUCUCAGCAGGAUUGGCUUCAUAAGGAAACUUCUCCGUCUUUAUACGAUUAGCUUUUCAGAGGACCUUUCUUCACACAAGAUAGUCUGAGCACUCAAGAAAAUGGGCAAGCUAGAAGCAUUAAAUCCAUACUAUGUUCUUUUCUUGUGUUUGGUUCUUAACAGCUUAGUGCUGUUCUGUCAUGGUGGCACAACAAGUAGUUAUGUCAGGAGGUUAGAGGCAGCGGUUGAUAUGCCACUGGAUAGUUAUGUAUUUCGUGUUCCUCCUGGUUGCAAUGCACCUCAACAGGUGCACAUUACACAAGGAGACCUUGAAGGGAAGGCUGUGAUAGUGUCUUGGGUGACGCAAGAAGCACGAGGAUCUAACACGGUUCUUUACUGGAAAGAGCACAGCUGCAAAAAGCUAAAAGCCCGUGGCAAAUCCAAGACGUACAAGUUCUACAACUAUACGUCUGGUCACAUCCAUCAUUGCACCAUCAGAAACUUAGAGUAUGACACCAAGUACUACUAUAUUGUAGGUGUGGGACAAACAGAACGCAAGUUCUGGUUCUUCACUCCUCCUAAAUCUGGUCCUGACGUUCCCUACACGUUUGGUAUCAUUGGGGAUCUUGGGCAGAGUUUUGAUUCAAACACAACCUUAACACACUAUGAGAAUAACCCAUUGAAAGGUCAAACAAUUCUGUUUGUUGGGGAUCUCUCAUACGCUGACAUAUACCCCAACCAUGACAAUAAUAGAUGGGACAGCUGGGGAAGGUUUAUUGAAAGAAGCAUAGCAUAUCAGCCCUGGAUUUGGACCGUAGGAAACCAUGAACUUGAUUUUGCCCCCCAGAUUGGAGAAAACAAACCAUUUAAGCCAUUCAAGAAUAGAUACCGUACUCCUCACCGAUCAUCAGGCAGCACAGAACCAUUCUGGUACUCAAUAAAGAGAGGUCCUGCUUACAUAAUCGUGCUAGCUUCAUAUUCAGCAUACGGUAAAUAUACGCCGCAAUACAUGUGGCUCGAAGAGGAGUUCCCAAAGGUUAACAGGACAGAAACGCCGUGGUUGAUUGUUCUGAUGCAUUCACCAUGGUACAACAGCUACGAUUACCAUUACAUGGAAGGCGAAACAAUGAGAGUGAUGUAUGAGCCGUGGUUCGUCGAGAACAAAGUAGAUGUUGUUUUUGCGGGGCAUGUCCAUGGCUAUGAAAGAUCAGAACGCAUAUCCAACAUUGCGUACAAUGUGGUUAAUGGAAUUUGCACUCCAGUAAAAGAUCAAUCUGCUCCCAUCUACAUCACCAUUGGUGAUGGAGGCAAUCUUGAAGGAUUGUCUACCAAGAUGACUGAACCUCAGCCUAAGUACUCUGCCUUCAGAGAAGCGAGCUUCGGACAUGCUAUGUUCUCUAUAAAGAACAGGACGCAUGCUCACUAUGGAUGGCACAGGAACCAGGAUGGUUACGCCGUGGAGGCCGACACCAUGUGGGUUUACAACAGGUUCUGGCAUCCUGUUUGUUGAUUUUAUCCUUUGGGCUCCUCUCCUUCUCGUAAACUCUUACGGUUUGUAAAUAUCCCCCCGUUUACUUGUAACAUGGAGAUUUGUUAUCUUUGACAAAAAAAAGGAGAUUUGUUAUCAGUUUGCUAUUUAAUACUUGGUAAAUCUUACGGUUCUUGGUUUAA